AUGGCUUCACGCAAAGCUAUUCUAUCACUUUCUGGAGUGAGGGCAGCAAUCCCUAAACGCAGCACUUCUAUUACCCCUCGACAAAUUCAAAGAUACCAAUCCUCUUCUACUUCAGCUCUAGAAUAUAAGGCGCUUCACCGUCGCAUCUCACCUCUUCCUACAUCCGAUGCUCCUCCAGCAUGGUCAGCACAAGCAGCUGUUUCUAAUAUUCUCUACGAAACCCCCGCCCCCUCUGCCACUCCAGCAAAACGUCAUGUCCUUAACUGUCUCGUACAAAACGAACCCGGUGUUCUCUCCCGCGUUUCCGGUAUUCUCGCAGCUCGUGGCUUCAACAUUGACUCCUUGGUCGUUUGCUCUACUGAAGUCGAAGACUUGUCUCGCAUGACAAUUGUUUUGUCCGGUCAAGACGGUGUUGUUGAGCAAGCUCGUCGCCAAUUGGAAGACUUGGUCCCAGUUUGGGCUGUUCUCGAUUAUACUACUUCGCCCCUCGUACAGAGAGAAUUACUUCUUGCGAAGAUCAAUCUUCUCGGUCCAGAAUACUUCGAGGAAUUGUUGGCGCAUCACAGAGAAAUCACUGCUAGUGAUCCUGAAGCUUUGCAAGGUCAAGAUGAUUGGGCUACAAAGCGAUUGGCAGAAUUGAAGGAUAGCGAUGAUUUCCACCCCGUCAAAUUGGCUCAAAGUCAAGCUUUGAGACAUAAGCAUGAGCAUUUGAAGUCGAUCACAUAUUUCACACAUCAAUUUGGAGGCAAGGUCUUGGAUAUCAGCACACACAGCUGUAUUGUCGAGGUCUCCGCCAAACCAAGUAGAAUCGAUUCAUUCAUGAAGUUGAUCGCUCCAUUCGGAAUUCUCGAGUCUGCACGCACAGGUCUCAUGGCUCUUCCUCGAUCUCCAUUAUAUGGUCCAAACGAACAAGACAACUUGGUGAAGGAUGCCGAAGAAAUUGUUGAUGCAAGCACUUUACCUCCAGGAUAG